GAAAAGGGUCUGCCAAUCCAGUGCUUUUGCGCGCGCGUGGGUGAGCGGCGCCCGCUGCUCAGCCUGAAAGCCGUCCGAACACGAGCGCCCCAUGCGACGACAUCCUUGUCUGUUUCCUUCCGUCCGUUCCGUUGUCGCAGCGUGUCCCGUAAGCCUCCUAGUUACUAGUUACAUAGCCUCGAAAGACGUAUUGAGUGUUGCGGUGGCCGAAAUAUCGGCCAGUGCUGGUAGUGCUUGUGGUGCUUGCGCUCUCGUUGCUCUAAGGCAACAAGGCAGAAAGGCAGCAACGCUCCUUCUUCGGCGGAACCCGAUCAGGCACCCAACGCCGGGCCGACCAAAGCGCCGAAGCGCAGAUUUCUUCGGCGCAGCGCUCGCGCGCAACCUUCUCGCACCAACUCCUCGCCCAAAGAAUCGCAGGCGAAGCUCACACACAGAGACACGAAUUUCGUGCUCUCACAGACACACAAAGCUUUGGGAGAAAGUCCCCGGACGACGCCCGCCGCGCGCGGGCGCGCUCGCGUCAACGCGCCGCCACAGAAGCAACGCGGUCUCUCGUCUCACUCCGCCUCGGCCAGCACGCCCGUCGCCGCUCGCACGCCCUGCGCCUGCUCCCGCGCGCGCCCUUCUCGCCCCCUGCGCUGUCCCUCUGGACGAGGAUAUGAGUCCGGGCAGAGCAUGGCUGGAGCGCUGCGCGUGGGUGCUUGGGCCUGGGCGGAGGCGUCGGGGAUACCGUGCUGGGCGAUGUAGGUCGCCGCAAGGUAGUGGGGAGGGUUUUUUUUCGUCGAGAAGAUAGUUAUGCGAUUGCCCUCUUCCGCUUUGGGAGGGGGUAACUCGAUGGGGCUUAUUCUUGGUGCGAGGAGUUCACUCUUUCUAUCUUUUUAUUUUUUUUCGAGUCUGCAGUUGCUGUCACGAGACGUAAGCGUCUUGGUGAGCUCGGUCGUACGGGCCGGACUCUUCUUUUGGGGAUAGAGAGAGAGGGCUUUGCUGUUGUUCAGCUGAUGAUAUAUACAAUAGAGUCAAGCACUGAUGCGCUCCCGCAGACCCUACGUGGUGACGGGAGCGC